AUGAGUGCGACGCUCUCGUCCAUUCCGCGCGUCAUUGACAACGACAGCGACAGUGACGACGACGUUCCGCUGUCGCUACUGCGAGCGAAAGCGGAGCCCAAAGCGGAAGUGGAAGCGGCUGCUGAGAAGGUGAAAGUGGAAGCGCCGACGCGUGGAGCGGACACGACGAAGCGGCAGACGGCGCCCGAGAGCGACAGUGACGAUGACGUUCCGAUCAGUGGAUUGGUGAAGCGUCAUAAACUGAAAGCGGAGACAGAAGUGAAGCAGGAGCAGGUGAGAGUGUCCACUGCUCGCUCGACAGCGCCUAAAAGCACGCCACGUAAAGGAAAGAAGAGAGUGAUCCAGAUUAAAAUACGGCAACAAGAGUGUACGGAGGAGCUGUACGAGUCGCUGAAGGGCAGACUUGCACAAGAACUGCUGUGUCGCUGGUGGUAUGCGAUGGAGUGGCCACCCGUCAAGAAAUUAUCUUCUAAACUACAUGGUGUUCAAGAGCUCGACGGGUUUCCUGGCGCGUAUAUUCGCGUGAAGGGUGACGAUCUGGGCUCAAUUAUCGAUACCCGGUCAUCGGUGGGGAAGCCGUCGCUCCUGCACUUCCUCGCCAUGUCUUCUGAAGAUUUACUAAAGUUGCUGCUGCGCGCAUAUGACAAGCAAAUGGAAGUCUUGAUCGAGCAUGAGGGCCCCAACACGCCGCUUCUAAAAGAUCUGCAAAAGGCGCGUGCGUCGGCAGCCCGGAUAAAUGCAGCGAAGGCAGAUCGAAGCAUACGGGGGCUGCUGAAGAAAUUUGCUGAGCUUGAGCGAGAGAUCGAAGAGGUCGAAGCUCUUGCGCUCAAAGAAGAGAACGACGUAUCAGAUGAAGGAGAAGGAGACGACGAUGGCGACACAGCGGAUGAUUAG